AUGGAAGCAGCAUCAUUGAAGUUUUCGGUAUUGGGGAAACUUUACCAAUCACCCAUCCAUAAUCUGAUUCCACUACUUUUAAGUCUGAAAUUGAUCGGUGAAGAGGAAGUUAAAGAUACAACAUGUGUUUCGGCUCAAGAAAUACUAAACAGAUUUGUAUACGAAGAAUACAAGAAAGAAUGUUUCAUAGAUACUUUAAAGCAUAUGGAGUCUAUGUUACCCACAUUCUACUUGCAACCAAAACAACCUCCUGAUCCAGUCAAAUCGGAAAUAGAUGAUAAAGUUUGUAAAGUAGAAGAGACAGAUACCAACCAAUCACCUAUAGUGCUGAUUCGAACUUUCACCAGAGCAAUGAGUCUUUAA